AUGAAAACAUUGCAAUUUUUGUCUUCAAUUGGACACGAGGGGCACAACUUAGACAUUUUUUUUUGGCUCAACUUGGAUUAUUGUGGUUCAUCGAAAAUGGAGCACGUGUGCUUAAGUAUAGGUGGAAAAAUUUCUUCAAAAAGUAAACAAAGAAUCAAAUUAAAUUCCAGAAAACACUUCAGCGAUAUUGAAUUUUGA